AUGAUAAUGAUCUUAGGUGGUAUUCUUGAUGAUUCUAUUCAUUGUAAAAGUGACAUUGUUGAAAAAUUGCAACAUAAUAUACCUAUAUUAGGUGGACUUUGGGGUGCAGCUCCUGGACGUGGUCGUCAUUAUUUAUUCCAUAUUUUUCAACCAAUGCUUAUUCCAUCAAUUGCUCAACAAUAUAAAGGUGCUGGUGAUCAACUAUUUCUUUCGGACAAUAUUUGGGAAAAUGUUAAAACACGUUCACUGAUAUUUGAUAGUUAUAGUUGUGAGCCAUUGGGUGGUCAGCCGUUUCUUUCUCAACGGCCAAUAGCCGACAAUUGUUUUCUUGGAUGUAUAAGACCAUGUUGUACUAAAGCAACUUUUCGUGGUUCUCAGAAUCCAAACGAUACUUGUCCACCAGCUUGUCGACCAAAAGAUCAUCAAGAUUGGAUUUAUUGUUAA